AAAAUGGCGUUGAUGGAGUACUGUUGCUGCCGUCGUUCACGUACCGCCUGAUACGUUACAGUUGGAGCGGCCGUCAAACGGCUAUGCAUUCAUAAUAUUUCCUGUGUGUCACGUUUACGUUUAAGUGUUUGCAGUAUGUGUCGUGCAUGUGUCCGCUUAAAAAACCGUGUCCAGGGGUAGAGAAGUCCUUUCCCUUCUGUUUUCCGUUCGUACCUGUGGAUUAUUCUGUGUCGUUUUCACGUUUUUGUUCCCGAUUUAAUUAUGACGAGGGGAUUUGGAAUUUUAUUUGCCACUUGCACCUUUGUUUUAAUUCAGACGACAAAUGCAGCGGAACUGGUCAUCCACAUACCGGGCAACCUGGGCCAGGACGGGGUAGUCUACCGGCUGGACUACUACCCGCCGUUCGGCUACCCCGCCCCCAACACCACCAUCGCCUCCAAGGACAUACGGGACGUCAUCAAGUUCUCGCAGGCGUUGCCCGGCACCAAGUACGACUUCUGGCUCUACUACUCGAACGCCACCCACAACACCCUCACCUGGACGGCCAACUUUACCACCGUGCCGGACCCGCCGUCGAAUCUCUCAGUGUCGGUGCGUAGCGGCAAAACGGCCGUCAUAUCGUGGAGUCCUCCGUCACAAGGCAGCUUCACCAGCUUCAAGCUCAAAAUCAAUCCGCUCAUCCAUCUGACGGACUCGAAGCCGCAGACUUUGACAAUCGACGCGGGCGAAAGUUCGUCAUACAUCAUGAAGGACCUGAUCCCCGGUGCCACGUACCAAGUCCAGGCGUUUUCUGUGUUUGAGAACAAGGAGAGUGCGGCCUAUACAUCCAGGAACUUCACGACAAAGCCCAACACACCCGGAAAGUUCAUCGUGUGGUUCCGGAACGAAACCACCCUUCUGGUGCUGUGGCAGCCGCCUUACCCCGCCGCCAUUUAUACCCACUAUAAAGUUUCAAUAGAUCCACCCGACGCGAACGACAGCGUACUUUACGUCGAGAAGGAGGGUGAACCUCCCGGUCCGGCUCAGGCGGCUUUCAAAGGUUUGGUUCCGGGCAGGGCGUACAACAUUUCAGUGCAGACCAUGUCGGAGGAUGAGAUUUCGACGCCCACGACUGCGCAGUACAGGACUGUGCCGUUGAAGCCGCUGAAGAUCAGCUUUGAUAAGGAGAAGAUCACGUCCAAUUCUUUUGUGGUUCAUUGGGAGGCGCCAAAUGGAAAAAGUGAGUUUGACAAAUACCAAGUCUCAUUGGGAACAUCCAGAAAAUUAUCAGUAACAAGAUCCAAAGAUGAACCAACCACAUUGGAAUUUCGAGAAGGUUUGGAACCUGGUAAAACCUAUUCUGUAGUCAUAAAAACUUUAUCCGGAAAAGUAACAUCGUGGCCUGUCAAUGCUGAAGUAACUUUAAAACCUUUGCCUGUAUCCAACCUGGAGGCCUCAGAAGACGAUUCUGGUACAAUGUUCUUAUCCUGGCUUCCGAAUCCUGAAAGCACACAAAAUUCAUAUUCGAUAUCCUAUCACGAGGUCGAGAGCGUGACCGGCGACAGCAACACAAUAACCACCAACAAGACGACGAUAGAAUUAGAGGCUUUAUUGCCAGGACGCAACUACACUCUAUCAGUACAGGCGGUUUCGAAAGACGCACACUCAGAUGACAGUUACAUUAAUAUUGUUACAAGACCUAGUGCUCCCAUCAUAGAAGACUUAAAGCCGAUCAUAGAUGGAUUGAAUAUCAGCUGGAAAUCAGACGUGAAUUCCAGACAGGACAGAUACGAAAUACAAUGGAUAAGAAACGACACGAAUGACUUAAGAAGCAAGAUAAUCAGUGAUUCAAAGAUAAUACUCCCAAAAUUGUAUCCUGGCGCAGGAUAUUUGGUCAAGGUGUUUGCGAUUUCUCAUGGAUUAAAGAGUGAACCACACGAAUACUUCCAACCAGUCUUCCCAAGGCCACCGAGGAACAUGUCGUUGUUGAAAAUCACCACAAACUCGGUGAUAGUCCAAUGGUCCGCGCCAUUAGAUUCAUUAAUAUCCGAAUACGCCAUCAGAUACAGAUCAGACUCCGACAACAAUUGGGUAAAACUUCCGCCUGUCCACAUCACCGAGGCGGAAGUAGCAGAUAUGACCGCAGGAGAGAAAUACACCAUCCAAGUGAACACGGUCAGCUACGGAUUGGAGAGCAACGAGCCCCAACAAUUAAAUCACACAGUUCGACCUAAUCCCGUAUCGAAUAUUGCUCCUUUGGUGGAUUCGAAUAACGUAACGUUAGAAUGGCCCAGACCGGAAGGUAGAGUCGAAACUUACGUGGUGGUUUGGUUCGAAACGACUACGCCCAAUAAACUCAACAAAAAGAACGUUACACAGAUCCAAAACGAAACUGGUCCGGUGCGUUUAUUGGUCGGCGAUUUAAUACCCGGCGUCGAAUAUACCUUCAACAUUAAAGCCGUGUCCAACGACUUACAGAGCGACAUCACGAAAUUACGCACAAGAACAAUGCCCUUGAUACAAUCCGAGGUGGUGGUUGUUAACAAUCAACAGACGACUGACUCGAUUAGUUUACGGUACACACCGACGCCUCAAACGUCCUCCAAGUUCGACGUUUAUAGGUUUUCUUUAUCGGAAUCGAACAUCCCUGACCAAGAAAAGGCGGCCAACGAUUCCGACAGGCUUGUAACCUUUACUGGUCUUACGCCGGGCAGAUUGUAUAACAUCACCGUGUGGACCGUUUCGCAGAAUGUGGCCAGUCAGCCUUUGCAACGCCAGGACCGUCUUUACCCCGAGCCAAUAACUGGAAUUAAUUCCACCUACAUUUCGGAUUCGGAGAUCAGUUUAACUUGGGCAUCACCUAAGGGUGAAUUCAACGCUUUCGAAGUCCAAUAUUUGACUUCCGACAACGUUUUGAUACAGAAUCUCACCCUCCAUAAUUCCAUAACCGUUACCGACCUGAAACCCCAUCGUAAUUACACGUUUACUGUUACCGUUAGAAGUGGCACGGAAUCCAGCAUAUUGAGGAGGUCGUUGCCUGUCUCGGACAGCUUCACCACCAAAGAGGGAGUUCCAGGGAAGGUGGAACGUUUCGAACCCGUCGACGUUCAACCUAGUGAUAUUGUGUUUGAAUGGUCGUUGCCUACUGCUGAACAUAACGGUGUCGUUAGGAAGUUUACAAUUACUUACGGUUUGGAGGGCUCCACCCAAACAUCAUCGAGAGACUUUGGCCCGCACGAAUUCAGAGGCGUAAUCCGCCAACUGACACCAGGAAAAGUGUACGUCUUCAAGAUUUACGCAGAAACCAAAAUAGGUUUCGGUCCCGAAACCGUCUGGAAACAGCCGAUGCCGAUUUUAGCCCCACCCAAACCUAGUACACGGGUUGUACCCACCGAGGUCUCCAUCAGUUCCACCACCAUCCAAAUCCGUUUCAGGAAGAACUACUUCAGCGACAUUUACGGCCCGGUUGUUUCUUACGCAAUUAUCGUUGCCGAGGACGAUUCGAAGAACGCGUCCGGUCUGGAGAUGCCCUCGUGGAAGGACGUGCAGGCCUAUCCGAUUUGGCCGCCGUAUCAGGUCACGGAGCCGUACUAUCCGUUCCAGAACAGUUCGGUCGAGGACUUCACGAUUGGUUCAGAGUCGUGCGACAUCAGACAAGUUGGAUACUGUAACGGACCUCUGAAGUCCGGGUCGACCUACAGGGUGAAAAUUAGGGCUUUCACAGCUCCUGACAAAUUCACUGACACCAGUUAUAGUUUUCCGAUACAAACAGAUCAAGAUAAUACGCCAAUCAUUUUGGGAGUGAUAAUCCCAAUAGUGUUGAUAGUUAUCUUGUUUGUUACAAUAAUUUUCAUUAGACGGAGAAGAUCGGCAGGCAGAAAGGCUACAGAAGCGAGGACAAAUGACAACAUGUCACUACCUGACUCAGUUAUAGAACCAAGUAGACCAGUUAGAAUAGAAAACUUCGCAAACCACUACCGGAUUAUGUCCGCCGAUUCUGACUUCAGAUUUAGUGAAGAAUUCGAAGAACUAAAACACGUGGGACGAGACCAACCUUGCACUUUCGCAGAUUUGUCCUGCAACAGACCCAAGAAUAGGUUUACCAACAUCUUACCUUACGACCAUUCCCGUUUCAAGUUGCAACCGGUCGACGAUGAAGAAGGUUCCGAUUACAUAAACGCUAACUACGUACCUGGUUUUAAUUCGCCAAGGGAGUUCUUGGUGACUCAGGGUCCACUACACUCCACCAGAGACGACUUCUGGCGGAUGGUUUGGGAGUCCAACUCACGGGCCAUCAUAAUGCUGACCCGCUGUGUGGAGAAGGGUAGGGAAAAAUGCGACCAUUACUGGCCGUACGACACUAUGCCCGUCUAUUACGGCGACAUCUCUGUCCAGAUACUAAACGAAACCCGCUACCCCGACUGGAACGUCAGCGAGUUUAUGGUUUGUAGGGGAGAACAGCAGAGAGUGAUAAGGCACUUCCAUUUCACGACGUGGCCCGAUUUUGGUGUGCCCAAUCCCCCACAUACGUUGGUGAGGUUCGUACGGGCUUUCAGGGAACGAGUCGGUGCCGAUCAGAGGCCCAUAGUUGUACAUUGCAGUGCCGGGGUUGGUAGAUCUGGCACGUUCAUCUGCCUGGACCGCAUCCUGCAGCAGAUCCUCGUCUCGGACUACGUGGACAUCUUCGGCAUCGUAUACGCGAUGCGCAAGGAGCGCGUGUGGAUGGUGCAGACGGAGCAGCAGUACAUCUGCAUACAUCAGUGUCUGUUGGCGGUGCUGGAGGGUACCGAGUUGCCCGGUUCGCCGCGGGAGAUACACGAGAACCAGGGCUUCGAAGAAAUGGUUGCGCAGUUGUUUAGUCGAUGUAAAUCCCUGCUGUUCUGUGGUUCAGGAAAACGCGGUGUUGGGAAGGCUGGCCUAGUGCCUACUCUGGAUAUAGGGGAGAAGAAAAGAUGAUGAAGGUAUAGCUGAAUCAGGAAUGUAGCAAAGGAAGAAUCGUUUACUUUAGUUAUAUAGUUUAGUUAAACAAUAUAACAGUUAUUGUAUUUUUAUAGAUAUAUAGAGCACAAACUGCAAACUGCAAACUGGGUCUGCAAAGAUCUAGAUCGAAAAAGACAUUUAUACUUUCUUCAAUCAAUUGACAAAAUUUAUUUCGUGUUGAAUUAAGUAUAUUAUCUUUUUUAAAUUAUGUGUAGAUUGUUACCAAUUUCUGGCUAACCCCUUUUAUACAACUGUGACCAAUUCAUGAACAAUGUUAAAUUAGUUAUGCAUAUAUUUUGGUGCGCAAAUUUCCAAAAAACUAAAAAUGUAUGCAAACUCUUUUAAGAGACAUAUUUUUGUAUAUAAUAAAACCAUUCUAUGUAGAUACUAGUUAUAUAAUUUUUAUAUAUAGCAUAUACUCUCGAUUAUGAUAUUAUUUUGUAUUUUGUACAGUAUUUUAUGUUUUACUGUCAAUUAGAAACAGUAUUUAAAGAAAAUUGUUUAGUACACAUUUGUAUUUAAUUUGUAUUUUAAAAAUUGCACUAAAAAUUUACCAACUAUUUAAUUAUAGUUGAUAUUAGAUUAUUAUUCUGUGAUAAAGAUUUUGGUUAUAGAAUAAUGUUAGAUUUUUAAAUUGUUAAUUAUUUCGCUUAAUUUUUUACGAACUAACGAAACAGUGCUUUGUACUUAAUUUUAUCUUACGAAAAUAAAAUUAUAUAUAUUUUA